AUUGUUAUUGACUCGAAUUAUUUGACUACUUCGUGGCAGGUGGCUUGCUCGCAGCUCCCUGGUUAGCCUAGCUGCUAAUGCUAAGUACCACGCUAAGCGUAAUGCCGUUUUGCCGAAAUGUUCCAGUCUGCUUGAAGAGGGAACGCGUCUAGGCUUGACAUACUUUCAGACCAGUAAGUGACACCGAAUCAAGCCGUUCGAUGUAUCACAAAGAGAAGAGCAUCCAGAUUAAGAACAGCGCGUCGGCGCUGUACAACAACCUGUGCGUGCUGCGUAUCGCCCCGCGUCGCCUCACCUACUUCACGGUGGUCCACGCCAAUGUGGUCAACAUGGUCAGCGCGUCGUGGGACGGCCUCAAUUACUCCCACCGUCAGCUGCAGUCCAAGGAGCCCAACGUCGCAACUAGUCCAUCGCUCAUCAUGCAGGCUGCAUUUUGUGUUUUGCCCUCUCGCGAUCUGCUGGUAGUGACUUCACAGAAAGGCAUCCAGAUAUAUGAAUCAGAUGGCUCCAUCAUGGUGUAUUGGCACGCACUGGAUACUCCUGAAACACCAACAGCCCAGGCCGUGUUUGCUCGGGGGAUUGCUGCAGUGUGGGAGAAUUACAUAUGUGUGGGACUGUCCUCUUGUGGAAUCCUCGUAUUUGAUGUUCCCAGUAAAGGCAGUAAUAUCACCCUGUCUGAAGUACUGGAGGAACACAAGGAGCCCAUCACCGACUUGGCCCAAGAGUGCUCAGGCAGCCAGGAUUGCAUCGCUGACCUGGUCAGUGCCGAUGACAGCGGCACCUUAUGUGUUUGGAAGUCCGGCGAAGAGUUUCAGCUGCUCAACAAGAUUGGUGGAUUUGAUAUGAGCUGCUCAUCCGUGAAGCUGUGGAAAGGUACAGCGGUGGCUGGUUACGGAACAGGCCAGAUCCGUCUGUACGAGGCCGUGACGGGAAUACUGCACGCGGAGGUCAACGCCCACGCCCGCUGGAUCUACUCACUGGACAUUGCUCCUUUUUCUGGGCUGCUCCUGUCUGCUGCUGAAGACUCUUUUGUAAGGGUGUGGCACCUGACAGUAACCCCAGAAAGCAACACUGUGGAGGUUGCCCAUCUACACAAUGAGUGUGUGACAGACACGCAAAUCUGCGGCGCCAAGUUCUGCGAUGGAGAUGGCUACGCCUUUGCCGUGACGGGAUAUGACCUCAAUGAAAUUAUACGCUACACGCAGACAUAGGACAUCGCCCUUAAUAUGACUAAGUGUACGGGUAUCAAACAGAUGGUCAUACAAUAUCUCCGCAAUGCGAUCCGGAUAUAGCGCACACGGAUCAGACACUCUGGAAAGGCGGUUGGCGUCAACUGGCAUCACUCUUAAGAUGAUGUGCGCAUUAUCUUUAGCCGGUGUGUCUUCAGAUGUUUGUUAGCUGAUAUAAGAUGAUUCAGAUGUUUAAAUAAAGUCUGUAGAGUUUUAAUGACAAAUGUUUACCCAUUUAUGAACUUUAAGUUCAAUCACAAAAUAGUAUUAAAUAUAUCUAUGACAAAGAAACGCCACUAUAGGACAGCAUGGAUUUUGUUCAUGGAUGAACGCAUAAGCAUUGGUAUGUUUUGUGGUAGUUUUCUAAAUUUAAUGAAAAAUGAAUGGAACCUACUCACUGACAACUUUUCACAAUUUCUUUUCAAAGCAAAAUACACGGAAGUGCAAUCGCUAAAACAAGACUCUGGUACAUUGAGUUGAGUAUGUAAGCCUGCGGUAAUUCUGCUUAACAAUGAACAGAUGCAUAUUGAGAGUUUAUUAAUUCUUCAUACAUAGGGGGCGCUACUGCUUUGCAUACUUUUUUAAAAAUUCCAAUUAAUAGUUGCUAAUUAAGGAUAUCCUUUUCAUUUUUACCAGUUUAAUACCAACGGCAGAACCACAAAGUACCACGCACUUCCUCACCAGAUCUAUGACAAAAAGGCUUUUUUAAAUAUGGAAAAUACAGUAUGUGCAAAAUGUAUGCUCUUAAUGUUUCCUUUUUGCUAGUACAUUUUUCAGUACAUGUAUUAAAGAUCCACUAUCCUAAGCCAACAAAAAAAGGUUUUGAGCAAA